AGCAAAUCGCGAUCGGCUCCACUGUACAGAAGAGAUGCUGGCUCCGUGCACCCAGAGGGCCGCACCUCCACUCCUCGCCUCCCACGCCCACUCCCACGCCCACUCCUACCGAGGCAGUCCACACGCCCCUCGGCUCCCUCCUCUCAGGUGCUUCCGCGCGAGUCCUCCGCCCGCGGCCGCGGCGGGGGUGGUGGCGACGAUGGCCGCGCCCGUCGGGGAGAUGGUCUGGGUGCGCGUACUGGAGGAGGGGGUGUUCCGGUUCGACGCGUCGGAGGGCGCGCGCUCCGCGGCCGGGCCCAGCCUGUCGUUCGCCGAGCCGCGGCGGCGGGAGGAGCCGCGCGAGGGCGGGGAUCGUCCCGCGGUCGUGCCGGCGUGCGAGGUGGCCGGGAAUGUGCAGAAGGUCGUGAUUAAGCUUCCUUCUGGGACGUCUUUCUACGGCACAGGAGAAGCUAGUGGUCCACUUGAAAGAACUGGGAAACGAGUUUUCACUUGGAACACAGAUGCAUGGGGUUUUGGGCCAGGGACUACUUCAUUAUAUCAAUCACAUCCUUGGGUUUUGGCUGUCCUCCCUGAUGGAAAGGCAUUCGGUGUCCUAGCUGACACCACACGGCGAUGUGAGAUUGACUUGAGGCAAGAAUGUACUAUGAAGUUUUCUGCCCCAUCUGCUUACCCUGUCAUUACUUUUGGACCAUACAAUUCUCCAGCUGAAGUUAUGAUGUCAUUGUCCCAUGCAAUAGGGACUGUGGCCAUGCCCCCAAAAUGGUCUCUUGGCUAUCAUCAAUGUCGCUGGAGCUAUGAUUCUUCUGAGAAAGUACUCAAGGUUGUCAGAACUUUUAGAGAGAAAGGCAUUCCUUGUGAUGUGAUUUGGAUGGAUAUUGACUAUAUGGAUGGUUUUAGAUGCUUCACGUUUGAUAGUAACCGUUUUCCUGAUCCAAAAUCUAUGGUUGAUGAUCUGCAUUCCAUCGGUUGCAAAUCAAUCUGGAUGCUUGAUCCGGGAAUCAAGAAAGAGGAGGGUUACUUUGUAUAUGAGAGUGGUUCAGAAACUGAUGUUUGGAUUAAAAAGGAAGAUGACAGACCAUUCAUUGGGGAGGUAUGGCCCGGCGAUUGUGUUUUCCCUGAUUUUACCUGUGAAAGAACACGCACCUGGUGGGCUACUUUGGUCAGGGAUUUUGUCUCCAAUGGCGUUGACGGAAUAUGGAAUGAUAUGAAUGAGCCUGCUGUCUUCAAAACAACUACAAAAACAAUGCCGGAAAGCAAUAUACAUAGAGGCGAUGCAGAUAUUGGUGGUGUCCAGAAUCAUUCUUACUAUCAUAAUGUCUAUGGAAUGCUAAUGGCAAGGUCUACAUAUGAAGGAAUGGCAAUGUCUAGUUCAGACAAACGACCAUUUGUUCUUACACGAGCUGGUUUUAUAGGAAGCCAGCGCUAUGCUGCAACAUGGACUGGUGAUAAUCUGUCAAACUGGGAUCAUAUGCAUAUGAGUCUACCAAUGGUUCUUCAGUUGGGUCUUAGUGGUCAGCCACUGUCAGGUCCUGAUAUUGGUGGGUUUGCUGGAAAUGCUACUCCAAAACUUUUUGGGAGAUGGAUGGGAGUUGGUGCAUUGUUUCCAUUUUCACGUGGUCAUUCUGAAACUGGAAGCAUUGACCAUGAGCCAUGGUCCUUCGGUGAAGAGUGCGAGGAAGUUUGUCGUCUUGCGCUGUUAAGACGGUAUCGCCUACUGCCACAUAUCUACACUCUAUUUUACCUUUCGCAUAAGAAAGGUGUCCCAGUUGCUGCUCCACUUUUCUUUGCUGACUCACACGACCCAGAAUUGAGGAAAAUAGAGACUUCCUUUCUCCUGGGACCACUUUUAAUCUGUGCAAGCACUUCACCUGAUAAAGGUGCUCAUGAAUGUGCACAUAAGUUGCCGAAGGGUGUUUGGUCACGUUUUGAUUUUGGAGAUUCACACCCUGAUCUGCCGGUGAUGUAUUUACAAGGUGGAGCCAUACUUCCUGUAGGCCUUCCUAUUAGGCAUGUUGGUGAAGCAAGUUUAGAGGAUGAUUUAUCACUGCUUGUUUCGCUGGAUGAAAAUGGUAAAGCUGAAGGUGUUCUAUUCGAAGAUGCUGGGGAUGGAUACGGGUUCACACAGGGGAACUAUCUUUUGACAUAUUAUGUUGCCCAAGUCCACUCAUCAGUGGUUUCUGUGAAAGUUCUGAAAACUGAAGGCUCAUGGAACAGGCCAAAACGUAACUUAAACAUAAGUAUAUUACUUGGUGGAGGUGCUAUGAUAAAUUCGCAUGGUGUCGAUGGCGAAGAUUUACAUAUUACGAUGCCUUCUGGGUCUGAAGUGUCCAACUUAGUCGCAACAAGUGAACUCGAGCUCAAGAAACGUUUGGAGAUGAUUUCGCCUAUACCAGAUAUAGAUGAACCGUCAGGACAGGAAGGUGCUGAACUCUCAAAAAUACCUAUUGAUUUGAAGAGCGGGGACUGGUUGCUUAAGGUUGUACCUUGGAUUGGUGGUCGUAUUAUUUUGAUGACACAUCUUCCUACUGAUUCCCAGUGGCUUCAUAGCAGGAUUGAAAUAAAUGGUUAUGAAGAAUACAGUGGGACUGAAUAUAGGUCUGCUGGGUGCACAGAAGAGUACAAAGUCGUUAGGAGGUAUCUUGAGCAAUCAGGAGAGGAGGAAUCUAUUUGUUUGGAAGGUGAUAUUGGGGGUGGUCUUAUUCUUCAGCGCCACAUAUCCAUUUUGCAAGACAACCCAAAGGUUCAGAUUAACUCUAGCAUUGAAGCAAGAAGUGUUGGAGCUGGCUCUGGUGGGUUUUCAAGGUUGGUUUGUUUGCGAGUUCAUCCCACUUUCACUCUUCUCCACCCAACUGAGGUGGUUGUUGCGUUUACAGCCAUCAAUGGCUCAAAGCAAGAGUUCUCUCCAGAAUCCAGAGAAGUGACAUUAGAGGGAGACCUUCGGCCAAAUGGGGAAUGGAUGCUGGUGGACAAAUGCGCAGGGGUGAGCCUGGUCAAUAGUUUUGAUCCCAGUCAGGUUAGCAAAUGCUUGGUGCACUGGGGAACAGGUAAUUUGAACAUGGAGCUUUGGUCAGAGGAAAGGCCAGUUUCCAAGGACACACCGUUGAGGAUUUGCCACCAGUACGAGCUGAGACAAACAUGCUAAAUCUUACCUGAAGAUUUCCAGGAUGCAACUUGUCUUGUGCACCAAAACUCAUUUCUGGGUGUCUUGGUGUCACCUAGCACCAAUGUGGUUAGAACUAUAUAUUCCUACUGGACAUCAUUGUCGAACCAAUGUUUUUAGAACUACCGGACAUCAUUGUCGACGUUGGAAUUCUUAGAGAAAGAGUGCUCUGGUGCUGAAACCUAGCUUUGUUGUUUAACAAUUGCUACCUGCUGCAAGUUCAUUAAUAAAGUAUGAUAAAAUA